AUGACCACCACCCGUAGCCAUCCUCCAACCCCUCAACCCCAAACGAACCCAGAACCCCAGCCCGCAACCACUCAGAUUCCCUCCCCUUCCCCCUCUGCCCCGACCCCGAACUCCGGUCCCCACCUACCAACCAUAGCUUGCCGACCACUCUCUCUCCAUCUAAGAAGCACGGACACGGAUACGGAUACGUCUGACAUCUUCUUCUUCUCUCUCCCUCCCUCUCUACCUCCCUCCAGUCUGACAUCUUCUUCUUCUUCUUCCCCCUCCCUCCCUCUUCACACGCAGCACCCAGGGGCUCCUCAACGGCAAACUUCGCCCGGAGGUUCGUAUCCGAAAAGUCAGAUACUCGUGUCUGGAAUGUCGGAUACUCGUAUCCGGGCUCCAGAGCUCGUUCCCGCCCUCGCCCGACGCUUUCCGGCGAGAUCUGACGGUGGGUAUAGAGCUACUAAGAGCAAUGGCGCCACCCAAGAGACCGCUUGCCAAUGCCCAAGUGAACUUUCUAGGCGUGCAGAAGGUUUUAUAAGUUUAAAGGCAGUGGAAGGUGUGACGACCACAGCUCUGCUCCUCCAUGUGCAGGUCAUGGCUUUGCCUCUGAUUAGGUUGCUUCCACACCGGUUCAACACCAUCAGGGCCUUUGUAAACGCCAAGGUAAAAUGGGUCAGAGAUCCAUACUUGGACUACGCAGUUGAAAGAGAGAAAGACCUUAAACAAGUCAUUUCCUUCAAGAACCAAAUCAUCUCCAACCCUUCGAAGUCCCUCCCUCUCUCUGCAGCCUCUUUGCUCAAACCCCACCUAAACCUCCCUACCACAUCCUCCAAAUUCUUCCAGAAAUACCCCUCAUUCUUCUCCAUAUUCCAGCCCUCCCCUGGUCUCCCGCCCCAUGUCAAGCUCACUCCACAGACCCUCUUGCUCCACAAAAAGGAGUCAACCAUUCAUACCUCCAUGUCUAACAAAUACAACGCCACUGAGCGACUUGCUAAGCUUUUGAUGCUCGCUGGAGUGACCAAAUUGCCCAUGCACCUGAUUAACAGGUUGAAAUGGGAUCUGGGUCUUCCUCAUGAUAUUGUGGGUACCCUUCUUGCUGAUUUUCCUGACUACUUUGAGGCUUGUGAAGUUGGGGAUGCGGUAACUGGUAAAGUAGAGAUUGCUUUGGGUCUUGUUUGUUGGAGAAAGGAGCUUGCUUUCUCUCAAUUGGAAAGAAGGCCAAUAAUGGUCUGUGCCCCGAAUGCAAACUUAUCGAAGCACAUUGGGUUUCCAAUGAAUUUUCCCAAGGGGUUUGAUUUGGAGAAUAGGGUGAAGGAAUGGGUUGAGGAAUGGCAGGCAUUGCCAUACAUUUCGCCAUAUGAAAAUGCAACCCAUCUUUCACCAAAUAGCGAUCAGGCAGAGAAGUGGAUGGUGGCAAUGCUUCAUGAGGUUCUUUGGCUUAUGAUUUCCAAGAAGACAGAGAGGGAAAAUUUGUUUGUUUUGGGAGAGUAUUUGGGGUUCGAAAGGUCGAGGUUAAAAAAGGCUGUGGUGCAUCACCCAGGAAUCUUCUAUGUUUCAAAUAAAAUUAGGACACAAACUGUGGUCCUAAGGGAGGCAUAUAGGAAGGACUUCUUGAUUGAGAAGCACCCAUUAAUGGGUAUGCGGUAUCGAUACAUUCACCUAAUGAAUAAGAUGCAAAGAAGGGAUGAAGCGACUCUUGUUUCGCCUUCUGGUGGUUGA